AUGACAACACUAACAAUCAAUACCAAUUUCAUUUUAGAGGGUUUUAAAAGCUUCCGUAAAUCCCUUACUACAUCACCUCUCUUUACAAAAUCACCUCCCGCUAAAACUAUUCGAAACCUCAAUACAUCCAAUCAUUCGAAUAAUGAUAGAGACCACGACGAUUACUUCUUUCACGAAGAAGAAUUACAAAAGAGAAGAGAAUUACAAGUAAAGAAAAUACCGGAAAGAAAAAAGGAAGAAUUCGAAAGAAGAGUAAAGAGACGAAAGGUUUCGAUUGGUUCCGCCAAGUAUAAACCAGUUGUAAUUGUGGAGGUAAAGAGAUCAAACUUGCAAAUUAUUAGUUCCUUAAACUUGGAAACUCGACAAGAUUUUGAUGAGAAACCAAAAAUGGUGAUGAGAGAAAGAAGUAGAACUGCCGCACCUUUACUUCACCUUUAG